AUGCCAGCACCUCGCGGCGGCACACGCUCCCAUAGAAAAGGGCACUAUUCGUGCGACUUUUGCCGGUCGCGCAAGCUCCGAUGCGAUAGACCAUUACCUUGCACCAACUGCGUCUCUCGUGGGAAAACGUGUAUUUUCGAACCUCCAGAUGGCGAGGAGCAGUGUCGGCAGCAGCGACGGCGACAAGUCCAAGCAGUUUCUGAUGUUCCGCCCAGGGAGUCUCCUUCGCAACAGAUUCCGACGCCUGCUGGUACUGCUGCAGACCAGGAGAGCUUGCUGGCAGAGAUAAGAACUCUGAAGGAACUGGCAAAGGACCUGGAGAGGCGUGUUGCAAACCAAACCAACACAGUCCCCAGUUGCAGGAAUGAAAAUUGCGCCUCGCUGCCGACGUCGACGUCGACAUCUACCUCACCUACCGGCUUUGCCUCGCAACAUUCAGAUGCGGAUGCGUCUGACCUUGGUCAGAUAAGUGAUGUGGUAGCUCAUCUUGAACGGGUAUCCAUGGGUCAAGUCUCUUAUGAAGCUAUCCGAGUUGAUGAAUUUAUGGUAAAUGUUAAACGCGUAAGGGCUAUUCCCAAGACACACAGCUAUACGCCGCAGUGCGUGAUGCUCCCGCCAUAUGAUGAGGCUAGAGUUCUCCUGGACAAAUUUAUCACCAGCGUCAGCUACAUCCAUCAUGUAGUGCAUCAUCCUUCGCUACCGGGCAUAGUUGAAGAAGUAUACCGACAGCUUGAUAACCAGGAGCACGUUGAACCAGGCCACCUUGUCUUACUGUUGAGCAUUAUUGCCAACGCGACGCACGUUUGGGGGCUCGGCGACGAAGUAAGCACCGAAAAUAGUCUGUUCGCAUCGUCAACCCAAGCCAAUGAACAGACAUCCCUCUGGGCUAAGUUGGCAUACGAUGUACUCAAUAGCGGCAGGGGUGGUCCGCCGCUCUCGCUGGAGGCAAUCCAAGGGAUCAUCAUCCUGUCUUUUCUGGUUUGCAACCUGGAGGGUGUCUCGUUACGAUAUCGCUCCUUGAUCUCUACGGGGCUAUUGCUGAGUCGUGAGAUGGGCCUCCAUCGCACCGACUACGAUUUGAAUACACCGGCUCCGAAUACGGUACGGGUUGAGAUGGGUCGAAGGGCAUGGUGGUACCUGGCUGCUACUGAUUGGUUCCUAGCUGCGAGAUAUGGUCGCGCCGGAGAGGGCAUCUACCAAGUUAACCCGCUUCAUAUGAGUGUCAGAAAGCCGCGAAAUAUCAACGACGUCGACUUGAUCGAUUGCGGGCUCAAUAUUGACCUCCCUACAACUCAGCUCACCGAGAUGUCGUACUUCCUUCAAAGAAUCCGACUGGCUGAGAUCUCCCGCAGUUAUGUUGACCAGCAGCACCACCAAGUUGAGGGCUCGCCUCUACACAGAGACAUUGAUGUGAUGUAUAUGAAUGCUCAACUGGAAGAGAUGAUCCACGACAUGCCGUCUUUCUUCUGCAUGGAAAGCUAUGGGCUCGGUUCAGACUCAUCAUCAAGCGUCGCAUUCGUUCAGGCCUACAUGAUCAAUUCCAUUAUGCAUACUCAACGAUGUAAACUGCAUCUUAGUUAUCUUACAUCCAAGCCAAAGGAUGACCGAUCGUACGCUUCAUCUCGAAGCAUGUGUCUUGAGUCAGCAAAUCAGAUAAUACGUGGGGAACAGCAACUCGAGAACUCGGAGCAUCCUUUCGUCCAUGUACGCCGGAGGUUCUCUGGCCUUCUUCACGGCGUGUUCAUGGCUGCCAUUGUGCUGCUGCUAGAUGAUUGCGUGAAUGGAAGGUUGAAGCAAGACGGGUCACGUUAUGGUGAACAAACGACCGAAGCUCUGCGUAUUAUCGAUGCAGCAAGAGAGCAGUCACUCGCAGCAGAGAAUCUCCACAAGUCACUGAUGCAGAUCCUUGCGAAGCAUUGUAACGAGCAAAAGGAACAGCUGGCCACGGGAAAGUCUCUGGAGGCCACAUAUUCAGCAACACCAAUUGCAACAAUGAUGGGGGCACCACUACCACAGGCGUCCGAGCCGCCGUUGUGUCAAUCGCAUUCCCUUUCGGCCGCUGGGAGUGAUUUCAGAAUGCAACCGCGCGAGGGAGCGGCUGUGAGUGUAUCGGAGCGUGGCCUGGAUGACGCAGAAGGACAGGUAUCGGAUUAUUACGAUCCACUAUUGCAGAGUCUAGGAGGUUUGAUGGACCUUGAUGGGUUUCCGUGGGAUCAUAUAUUUUCUGAUAUGAGCUCAACAUCCAUGUUCUAA